CAGUGUCAAACUUGACAUCCGCCUGCGAGCGGAGCAUGGUAACUUCUCCAGCAAUCGGAAGGCUCGCCCUCACAUCAGUGGCAUGCUUCGUGGAGAUAUGCUCCUCUCACUGCCCUCUGCACCAGCAACAUGGAUUGUCACCUCUCCAUCCUCCUGCUCGGCUGCUCUCUUUUCAGCUGCUUCGGGGAACUGAUUCUCCAGCCUUCCAAUGAAGUCAAUCUAUUGGAUUCAAAAACAAUUCAAGGGGAACUGGGCUGGAUCUCUUAUCCAUCACAUGGGUGGGAAGAGAUCAGUGGCGUUGAUGAACAUUACACACCCAUCAGGACUUACCAGGUAUGCAAUGUCAUGGAUCAUAGUCAAAAUAAUUGGCUGAGGACAAACUGGGUCCCCAGGAACUCAGCCCAGAAGAUUUAUGUGGAGCUCAAAUUCACUCUACGGGACUGCAAUAGUAUUCCAUUGGUUUUGGGAACUUGUAAGGAGACUUUUAACUUGUACUACAUGGAAUCUGAUGAUGAUCAUGGAGUCAAAUUCCGAGAACAUCUCUUUACAAAGAUUGACACCAUUGCAGCUGAUGAAAGCUUCACUCAGAUGGAUCUUGGGGAUCGUAUUCUUAAACUCAACACUGAGAUCAGAGAAGUAGGUCCUGUCAACAAAAAAGGAUUUUAUUUGGCUUUUCAAGAUGUUGGUGCUUGUGUUGCCUUGGUAUCUGUGAGAGUAUACUUCAAAAAGUGCCCAUUUACAGUGAAGAAUCUGGCUAUGUUUCCUGAAACAGUACCCAUGGACUCCCAGUCCUUGGUGGAGGUUAGAGGUUCUUGUGUCAACAAUUCUAAAGAGGAAGAUCCUCCCAGGAUGUACUGCAGUACAGAAGGAGAAUGGCUUGUACCCAUUGGCAAGUGCUCCUGUGUUGCUGGUUAUGAAGAAAGAGGUUUCAUGUGCCAAGCUUGUCGGCCUGGCUUCUACAAGGCAGCGGAUGGUAACAUGAAGUGCACUAAGUGUCCCCCUCACAGUUCUACUCAUGAAGAAGGUUCAAUGAACUGCAGGUGUGAGAAUAAUUACUUCCGAGCAGACAAAGACCCUCCAUCCAUGGCUUGUACCCGACCUCCAUCCGCACCAAGAAAUGUUAUCUCUAAUAUAAACGAGACCUCGGUUAUCCUGGACUGGAGCUGGCCCCUAGACACAGGAGGCCGGAAAGACAUUACCUUCAACAUCAUAUGUAAAAAAUGUGGGUGGGAUGUACAGCAGUGUGAGCCCUGCAGCCCACAUGUCCGCUUCCUCCCUCGACAGUUCGGACUCACCAACACUACAGUGACAGUGACAGAUCUCCUGGCACACACGAACUACACCUUUGAGAUUGAUGCCCUUAACGGGGUGUCAGAGCUGAGCUCCCCACCAAGACAGUUUGCUGCAGUCAGCAUCACAACUAAUCAGGCUGCUCCAUCACCUGUCAUGACAAUUAAGAAAGAUAAGACAUCCAGAAACAGCAUCUCUUUAUCCUGGCAAGAACCUGAGCAUCCUAAUGGGAUCAUUUUAGACUACGAGGUCAAAUACUAUGAAAAGCAGGAACAAGAGACAAGUUAUACGAUUUUGAGGGCAAGAGGCACAAAUGUCACCAUCAGUAGCCUCAAGCCUGAUACUACAUAUGUAUUCCAAAUCCGAGCCCGAACUGCAGCUGGAUAUGGGACCAAUAGCCGGAAGUUUGAGUUUGAAACUAGCCCUGACUCUUUCUCCAUCUCUGGUGAAAAUAGCCAAGUGGUAAUGAUUGCCAUUUCAGCCGCAGUAGCAAUUAUUCUCCUCACUGUCGUCAUUUAUGUUUUGAUUGGGAGGUUCUGUGGCUAUAACAAGGCAAAACAUGGUGCAGAUGAAAAAAGACUUCACUUUGGGAAUGGACAUUUAAAACUUCCAGGACUCAGGACUUAUGUUGACCCACAUACAUAUGAAGACCCAACACAAGCCAUUCAUGAGUUUGCUAAGGAAUUGGAUGGCACAAAUAUAUCCAUUGACAAAGUAGUUGGAGCAGGUGAGUUUGGAGAGGUAUGCAGUGGUCGUUUAAAACUUCCUUCGAAAAAGGAGAUUUCAGUGGCCAUCAAGACCCUGAAAGUGGGCUAUACAGAAAAACAAAGGAGAGAUUUUUUGGGAGAAGCUAGCAUUAUGGGACAGUUUGAUCAUCCCAACAUCAUUCGACUAGAAGGAGUUGUUACUAAAAGUAAGCCAGUUAUGAUUGUCACAGAGUACAUGGAGAAUGGUUCCUUGGACAGCUUCUUACGUAAACAUGAUGCCCAGUUUACCGUCAUCCAGCUUGUGGGGAUGCUUCGAGGGAUCGCUUCUGGCAUGAAGUAUCUGUCAGACAUGGGUUAUGUUCACCGAGACCUUGCUGCCCGCAACAUCUUGAUCAACAGUAAUUUGGUGUGUAAGGUUUCUGAUUUUGGGCUUUCACGAGUUCUAGAGGAUGAUCCAGAAGCCGCUUACACAACAAGAGGAGGGAAAAUCCCAAUUCGGUGGACAUCACCAGAAGCAAUAGCUUACCGCAAGUUUACAUCAGCCAGUGAUGUAUGGAGUUAUGGGAUUGUUCUCUGGGAGGUAAUGUCUUAUGGAGAGAGACCAUACUGGGAGAUGUCCAAUCAGGAUGUAAUUAAAGCUGUUGAUGAGGGCUAUCGCCUGCCACCUCCAAUGGACUGCCCUGCUGCCUUAUAUCAGCUGAUGCUGGACUGUUGGCAGAAAGACAGAAACAACAGACCUAAGUUUGAGCAGAUUGUCAGCAUUCUGGACAAGCUCAUCCGGAACCCCGGCAGUCUGAAGAUCAUCACUAGUGCAGCAGCGAGGCCAUCAAACCUUCUUCUGGACCAAAGCAAUGUCGAUAUCACUACCUUCCGCACAACAGGUGACUGGCUUAAUGGUGUCCGGACAGCACACUGCAAGGAAAUCUUCACGGGAGUGGAGUAUAGUUCUUGUGACACCAUAGCCAAGAUUUCCACAGAUGACAUGAAAAAGAUUGGUGUCACUGUAGUUGGGCCCCAGAAGAAGAUCAUCAGUAGCAUUCAAGCUCUAGAAACACAGUCCAAGAAUGGUCCAGUUCCAGUGUGAAGUUCUCCUUCUGAACAAAGUGAUUGCUGUGGAGCCUGCUGCAUCCCUCUGCAGGCAGCUGCUGCUGCUCAUGGAGAUACAAGUGCAAGUUCCACGUUCCACAGGACACUCAGACACGAGUACAAAUGCCUUAAAAUGGAAUUGAGAAACUCUUUCCCCCUAUUACUUAGUGGAUGGGAGGGUGGGUGGAUUUUGUUUGUAAUUGCUUUUUGUAAUGUUAGUUAAUGGAUUAAGUUAAAAUUCUUCAGCUCAAAAUUGUGAAGAACUAGUAUAGAGCCAUUGAUCAUAAACCGACUACCGCAAAGCAAAUCAGUGGAAUGACAGAACGGACAUGGUGGCUUGAUUUACAGCCAGAAAAGAAAAAAACUUGUGAUAUUUUUAUACACAGAAGAAAUCCAUAACAGGUAUUUUGUUUCUUUAAAAGCAAACAAAAUAGAGGAAUUUAUACCUCAAACUAUCUGGCCAUAUUUACUACCUUAUCAUUAUAUUAUUUUCUUUUUUUCUGUUUAAAGCAUAUAGAGAUGAAGUUUGUAGUUGUUUUAAGUACUACACAUUUUUAAUUUUUAGGUUUCUUAAGUAUGCAAUGUAAAAAUGUGUCUUGAUUUUUUUUAAAAAGUACAUAUUUAUUUUCUUUUGAAUCAUUUUUAUUAAUUGAUAUUUAUACUUUGAUUUAUUUUGGAUUUGUUGUAGCCAAGUGCCAAAUGCUCUCUCAAAAUGUCAGCACUAGGAAAUAUUUCUCACUAGACAUGAAGAAUGAAGUUUCUUUCCAGAUUUUUUGAAGCAUCCACCUCCAUGUAUUAAAAAAAACAAAACAAAACUGAAAUACUUUCCACGUUCAUAUAGUAACCAAAUCUCUUACAAUAUGUUACCCCAUUUGUUUUUGUCUUUCCAUUUAUUAUAACUAUGCUCCUAAUUUACUGUAAUAUACUGGCUUGUAUGUGAUUGAUUUUUAGCCAGAUGACAAACCUUCCUGUUCUGGAGCUCAGAGGCCAUGAACUCUCUUCAUUCAUGAAGGGACCAUGUUAGAAUUCAUGAGAAUAGCUACACUGGAAACAUUUAAAGUUCUAUUUAGAUUGUUGCAUUCAUUGACAGCACAGCAAAUGCAUGGGUCAAAAAAAUCACUUACUCCCUGGCUUUGAAAAGUUGCUAAAUAUCUUUUGAAAAAUGUACUCAAGUGUUUAUAGGGAAUGAUGAUUAGCUAAAAUACUCAUCUGCAUUACUGAAGUUUAGGACAAUUAAUUAAACAUUGUGACAACCAGUAUCAGGUAUGAUUAUCUUUAAUAGUCUUCCACUUCAAUGCACCUAUUAUAAUUUUGGUGUAUAUCUCAAAAGGCUUUAAUCUCUUUUCAUUUAUUGAACAUAUUUUUCAAUAGCUGAUCAUCUAGCAGAUUUCAUAAAAUCUGUAAGCAAUGCAGAGUUGUGUCUUCGCAGGGAUUGAGACUUGCUGUUAUAUAAAGGCCAACUAUGAGCAUGUACAUUGAUAUUUGAAAGGAUGUAUCUGGUAGAGAUCUAGCUACUAAUAUAUUCUGAAGCAACAUUUUAGACCUAUCCAUAAUCUUUCUAAUGCUGAUACAAUCGUGUCAUGAACAUAAGAAAUGUUUAUGUCACAAAAAUAGAAUGGAUGCAACAAUGCUGCAACACUUACAUUUGUAUGCAAACUUCCUAUCACAGAUCAAAAUACACAAAGGCCGAUCUGUUAUACAUUUACCAUAAUAGAGGCUAGAUUAUGCGAGGUUUUUUUUUUUUAAAUAUGAAACUGCUUCCCAAAUUUUGGUAGUGUUCCUCAUAAUCAAGUCAUGCUACUAUAAUUUUAUAUUGGAUAAAUAUAAGAGCAUGAACUUUUAAAAAAAUGAAGUUAAUUACAAAUUUCAUUUAUGCCUGCUAGAAGCAGCUAGAAAUAAUUCCCCCAAUCAAGUUUUGGAAUAUUAAACUGAGGUUCAAAUCUGGCUUCAGUUUCAUAUUUUCCCAUACUAGUACUUAAUUUCUUGAAUACUGUUCUGGGUCUGCACAAAAAAAAAAUUGUGCAUUUCAUAAACUAGUAGAAUUUGAGGAUUGUUGAAUAUAUUGAGCUUAUUUCAGCUGUAGUUUUUAUUUGAAAGUAGAAGGUGUAUACGCAGUAUAUAGCUCUUCAUUUUUUCAGUAUUUUUCUACCUGAUCUCUUAAAAUUUACAUAAUUCUUAUCCUGUACAUAUGUAAACAUAACAGUGUAUGAUUCCUGACUGUUGAGUAGAGGUACUAGAAUGCUUGUGGCCAUCCCUUUGUACGUGAACUGCAAUGAAUUUCAGUAAUCACAAAACUACAAUUCCUUCACAAUUUUAUAUAUACUGCAUUACCUGUUUUGUAUCUUAAACUUGAUUUAUACAUAUUAUUUAUUUCUGGUGACACAUCCAGUGUAUGCUAUACUAUCUGUUAAGCCAUGUAUAAAUGUGAUAUGAUUGGCAAUAUCUCUUUACUUUGAACUUGUCUUUUCAAAACAUUUACUCAUUUAGUUUACAUUGUGCAAUGUGGAUGGCCUCUUACUAAUGUAAAAUUAUUUGUAGUGGA